GCGGCGCUGCUGCUUCCGGUCCUUGUGUUCGGCUCUGCUCGGCUCGGCUCGGCCCAGAACAGACCAACGGCAGCAGCUGUAGUGAGACCCAGCAGGGAGGAACCAUGGCGGCUCCAGCUCUCUCCGGUCGGGCCGGUUCGGUGGGCAGCCUCGGGAACAGCCCCACAUCCACGGCCGCUGGCAGACUCCCCCCCGGGGGCUCCGGGCCCGAGCUGGACUUCAGGUCCGGGGCCCGCAUGGAGGACCUGAACCGACUCAUCCAGGACUUCAGUAAACACGACCAGCGGGAGUACGACGACCAGCGGGCCCUGGAGAUCCACACGGCCAAGGACUUCAUCUUCUCCAUGCUGGGAAUGGUUCAGAAACUGGAUCAGAAGCUCCCAGUGGCCAAUGAGUACCUGCUCCUUUCUGGAGGUGUUCGGGAAGGUGUGGUGGACAUGGACCUCGAUGAGCUCAGCGUCUACGCCCGCGGCACAGACUACGACAUGGACUUCACUCUGUUGGUCCCCGCACUCAAACUGCACGAUCGCAACCAGCCAGUGACCCUGGACAUGAGGCACUCUGCGCUGGGCCACUCCUGGCUCAGCCUCCGCCUCUUUGACGAAGGAACUAUCAACAAGUGGAAGGACUGCUGCACCAUCGUCGACCACAUCAACGGGACCACCAACUACUUCUUCUCCCCAACACUAGUGGCCGACUGGUUCUACCAGUCCAUAUCUCUUGUGCUGUUGGAGGUGCAGAAGAAGCCACAGAGAGGGAUGCCAAGGGUCGAGAAGGUGGAGCGGAACGGGACCAUCAUCUCCGUUAUCCUGGGAGUCGGCAGCAGCAGGAUGCUCUACGACAUCGUUCCCGUCGUGUCAUUUAAAGGCUGGCCGGCGGUAGCUCAGAGCUGGCUGAUGGAGAACCACUUCUGGGACGGGAAGAUCACGGAGGAGGAGGUGAUCAGCGGCUUCUACCUCGUCCCUGCUUGCUCCUACAAAGGCCGCAAGGAGAACGAGUGGCGGCUGUCAUUCGCCCGCAGUGAGGUGCAGCUAAAGAAGUGCAUCUCUUCAAGCCUGAUGCAGGCGUAUCAGGCCUGCAAGGCUAUCAUCAUCAAGCUGCUGUCCCGGCCAAAGGCCAUCAGUCCCUACCACCUGCGCAGUAUCAUGCUGUGGGCCUGCGACCGUCUCCCUGCCAACUACCUGGCUCAGGAAGACUUCUCCGCCCACUUCCUGCUGGGCCUGAUUGACGACCUGCAGCACUGCCUCGUCAACAAGAUGUGUCCCAACUACUUCAUCCCUCAGUGCAACAUGUUGGAGCACCUGUCGGACGAGACGGCCAUGCUGCACGCCCGCAAACUGUCCUCGGUGCGUUCUGACCCGGCCGAGCACCUCCGCACCACCAUCGAGCAUGCCAAGGCCGCCAACAGGUUGACGGUGGAGCUGCAGUGGCGAGGCAGCUCCACCAACCUGCCCUCACCGCAGUCCGACUCCGGAGGCGACAACCAGCCCGACGACCGGCUGGCCAAGAAGCUGCAGCAGCUGGUGACGGAGAAUCCCGGGAAGUCCAUAUCGGUGUUCAUCAACCCGGACGAUGUCACACGGCCGCACUUCCGCAUAGAUGACAAGUUCUUCUGAAACCUUGAGACAUUCCUCCUCCCCCUCUCCUCACCUGAUCUCCCCCCUCCGACCCACCUAUGAAACUUUCUUUUUUAACUUUUUUUAUGUUUCCUGCCACAAAGUGAAGUGAUCGUCUCGUCUGCCACAGUUUUUUAUUUUUUUAUUUUUAUUUUUAUACUCCCUCCCCUCUGCCCUGGUUUUUCACUGUGUGCCCUGUGUUUUCUACCUUCUCAAUGCCUUUUAAACUGACAGCUUGUUUUUAAACACUGAAGGAAGGGACUGAAAUCCACCUCGUGAUCCAAACGCUGGUCCUGGAAAAAGGUUGAUACUUAUCAGGGAUCCUGGAAAAGAGACUAA